AGAAGAAAGAAGGCACGCACAGCAUUCAGUAAUGAUCAAAUACAAAAACUCGAGAAAAGGUUUCGUGAACAGAAAUACCUUGCUGCCAGUGAACGUUCAGAAUUAGCUGAUAAACUACACCUUUCAGACCAACAAGUUAAAACAUGGUUUCAGAAUCGUCGAAUGAAGGAGAAACGACAACAGACGAAUAAAGAA